CGUUAAAAGCUUCAACCCACACUGCCAUCUCCCUCUCAUCUUCCAAGCUCUCAAAUCUUCUCUCUUUCUUAUCUCACAAGUUGUGAUCUCUUCCUAACUUACUUUGAUCAUCGCCUUCGCCCAAACUGCUUGAUUUCGCCGGAAAACGCCCUGAAUAUCACACCUUACAAAUACCGAACAACUGGACUAGCAUGGAGCCUUUAACAAGCCGACCUCUCUCUCUCUCUCCCUCUCAGAAGCAUUCCAACAAAUAACACUGGACUAUUUUGUAAGAUCUCUGGGAUUUCAUUCUAGAGAUAGAUGCUGAUUAGGAAGAGUAUUGAUACCUGGAAUGGCUAGAAGCAGGGACAGGACUGAUGAUUUCAAGGACACUGUCCGCUCUGUAGCUCUCUCCCUUGGAUAUAAUGAGUCCAAAAUGGCAGCUAUAUUGGCAUCUAUGAUUAUGCGCAAACCUCCACAAAGGUCACCUUUCACCAAAGCUGCACUCAGGACGCUUGAUAGCAUUGAAGAAUUGGAACGCUUUAUCAUGAAGCAUCGGAGAGAUUAUGUGGAUUUGCAUCGCACCACUGAACAAGAACGGGACAGCAUUGAGCACGAAGUUAGUGUUUUUAUAAAAGCAUGCAAGGAUCAGAUAGAUAUUCUCAAGAACUCGAUGAAUGAUGAAGAUAAAAAUGGGAGUUCAAGGACGUGGCUUGGCAUGCGGGAAGACAAUUCGCAUGCAGAUACCAUAGCUCACAGACAUGGUGUGGUUUUGAUCUUAAGCGAGCGACUCCACUCUGUCACAGCUCAGUUUGAUCAGCUAAGAGCCAUACGCUUCCAGGAUGCUGUUACCAGAGCAACACCAAGAAGGAUGCAUAAGAUCUCUGUUUCAAAUUCUCCAGAUGUCUCUAAAUCUAACCAUUCAUCUCUCAGGGAGCAAGAGCUCCUGUCUGAACCUCUUAGAGUCCAACAACAACAACUUUUGGAUGAUGAAACACAAGCUCUUCAGGUAGAGUUGACCAGUCUUCUAGAUGCCGUUCAAGAAACAGAAACUAAGAUGGUGGAAAUGUCAGCAUUGAAUCAUCUCAUGUCAACGCAUGUUCUUCAGCAAGCUCAGCAGAUCGAGCAUUUGUAUGAACAAGCAGUGGAAGCUACAAAGAAUGUAGAAGGUGGGAAUAAGGAGCUCUCCCAAGCUAUCCAGCGCAACAGCAGCAGCAGGACUUUUCUUCUGCUCUUUUUGUUUGUUCUCACCUUUUCCAUUAUCUUUCUCGACUGGUAUAACUGAUACGGAGAGCCUUUCAUCCAACCUUAUUUUUAUGUCAUAUCUCCUCUUGUUGCUUUGCUCGAGUCCAAGGCCAUCUCAAUUUGCAGCUCUGUGCCCAAAUCUUGACUGUGGAAGAAAUGGGACCCACCGUUUUUGGGGCAUAUACAAAA